CGUGUUAUUAUUAUAAUUUACUUUAUUUGUAUUAUAGAUAUUGUAAAAUAGUUUAGUGGGAAUAAUAAUUAAUACAUAUCCUGUUGUCAUCUAAAACAAAAAUAAAUAAACACGGAUAUUGUAAAAAUUACGUUUCUCCCCGUUGCUGUUUAUUUUUGUUUGCAUGUUUUUUGAGGAUUUUCUACUACGACGCGCUCUCAAGUAUCGGUUCUGUCGAUGUCGUGUAACAUAUUUUACAUUUCGGUUGCUUCCACAAAAGGCUCUGAGCUGAAGCCGGAAACACGUGGUUGCCUGUAGUGAAGCCUCAUUGGCUGCUGCCGCCUUGGUUUGAAAUAAGCACUCCUCCGAUCAGAGGCGGAGGGAAUUUUCAAAAUUACAGGAACAAGAACCAUACGAAAAUCUCAAGAACAAGAAGCAGCGAGUUACGAUGAUCAGACAAGCGAAGGGAAGAACCCCCCGGAGGCCUCCUAAAAAGCCGUCCAGUACCCAGAAAGACCCGGUCGGGGUGUACUGUCGCGUACGACCUUUGGGUGCGGAGGACGAGGAGUGCUGCAUCGAGGUGAUCAGCGGCACCACCAUCCAGCUGCACGCCCCCGAAGGCUUUAAAACAAACCGCAAUGGAGAAUACAAGGAGACCCAGUAUUCCUUCAAGAAAGUUUUUGGAGUGUCUAUGUCUCAGAUGGAGCUGUUUGAGCAUGUGGCCAAACCUCUUGUUGAUGACCUCGUCCAUGGAAAGAAUGGUCUGCUCUUCACGUACGGGGUCACAGGAAGUGGAAAGACGUUCACCAUGACCGGCUCUCCCGGCCAGGGUGGACUUCUACCUCGCUCACUGGACAUGCUCUUCAACAGUAUAGGACCAUACCAGACCAAAAGAUAUGUUUUCAAGACUGAUGACAAAAAUGGCAUGGAGGUCCAGAGUGAAGUUGAUGCUUUGCUGGAGCGCCAAAAGCGGGAAAACAACCCGUCUUUUACGAAGCCAUCCUCCUCCAGACAAAAGCUCGAUCCUGAAAUUGCCGACAUGAUCAAGUCUGAGGAGGCUUAUAAAACUGAUGGUGUGGACGAGGACAGCAGCUACAGCGUCUUCGUUUCCUACAUAGAAAUCUACAACAACUACAUCUAUGACCUCCUGGAGGAAAAUCAAGAGGAUGCAAUCAAACCAAAGUGGAAUGGUGGAGGCACACCUGUACGCCCGAACACUGAGUUCAUACCGCCUCAAUCAAAAAUCCUCCGAGAGGACCAGAACCACAACAUGUAUGUGUCUGGUUGUAUGGAGGUCGAAGUCAAGUCUGCUGAGGAGGCAUUUCAAGUGUUCUGGAGAGGUCAGAAGAAGAGGAAGGUGGCCAACACCUGCCUGAACAGGGAGUCCAGUCGCUCCCACAGCGUGCUCAUAGUCAAACUGGCUCAGGCCCCUCUGGAUGCAGAUGGCGACAACAUUCUCCAGGAUAAAAACCAGGUGACUGUUAGUCAGCUCUGCCUGGUGGACUUGGCAGGAAGUGAGCGCACCGGCAGGACGGGGGCGGAAGGCACACGCAUACGAGAAGCAGGUAACAUUAAUCAGUCUCUGCUGAACCUGCGAACAUGCAUCGAGGUACUCCGGGAAAACCAGAUGUGUGGCACAAACAGGAUGGUCCCCUACAGAGACUCUAAAGUAACCCAUCUGUUCAAGAACUACUUCGACGGAGAGGGAAAAGUCAGAAUGGUUGUUUGUGUCAAUCCCAAAGCCGACGACUACGAGGAAACCUUGCUGGUGAUGCGUUUUGCAGAGAUGACCCAGGAGGUGGAAGUGGCCCGGCCAGUGGACAGGCCCAUCUGUGGCUUCACCCCGGGCCGUCGCCAUAGAAACCGGGCCUUCAAAGACGAACUGACUCGCAAGCUGGAGGAGCGCGGUGGUCCAAUAGAUAGAGAUGUGCCCUUGGUUAUAAACCAACUGGCGCACAGCCUCCCCCCUCUACCUUCCUGUGAGCUGACCGACCCCAACGAUGACAUCACCCUGCCCAGGCUGAUCGACGCUCUGCAGAACAGACACCGGAUCAGGCAGAUGAUGAUCGACUACUACAACAAUGCAGCCAACAGGAUGAAGUCCAUGCUUCAGGAGCUGGACAACAUCCGAAUGUCCAAGGACGAAUUAAUUCAUGAACAAAACGGCAAGCUGGCGAAUAAGGAUAAAAUCAUCCAGAACAACAAGGCGGAGCUCGAACGCCUGGAGAAAAAAACGCGGAUGCAAGAACACAAGAUCGACAUCCUUCAGAAAACGACUAAAAUAUACGAGGACGACAAGCGCUCCAUGAAGUAUGAGCUGGAGACCAGAGACCAGAGGCUGCAGAGGGAGCUGUCUGACAAGAAGCGCAUGGAGCAGCGCAUGCAUGGCCAGGUCACAGACACCCAGUACAAGUGGGAGAAAGAAUGUGACCGACGCGUUAAUGCGAUGCAGCUGGAAAUGCAAAACAAGCUUUGGGUGAAAGACGAGAAGCUGAAGCAGCUCAAGGCCAUCGUGACUGAGGGCAAGACUCCGGGUCGCCCCGAUCCUCCACCCCGUCAGACCCAGACCCAGACGCAGCCUCAGCGGCCUUCCAGAGAGGAGCGCCUCCCCGCCAAGAGAUCGGCCUCGCCCUCACCCGCCCCCACGGCGACGCCGGUGCGGCCGCUGCACCGUCGCUCUCGCUCCGCUGGCGGCGAGAAGUGGGUCGACCACAAGCCGACGUCCAGCUUGGACUUGGGUACGGUUCUGCAGCCCGUCCUCCCCAACGCCAUCCAGGUGUCCGCAGCGAGCGGGAAGGCCCUGUCCAAGUGUGACCGAUACGUGUUGACGCACCAGGAGGUUGGCUCCGAUGGUGAAAUACAGACCAAACUUGUUAAGGGUGAGGUGAUUCAAACAAGAGGAGGAGGACAGUCUGUCCAGUUCACUGACAUCGAGACCCUGAAGCAGGAGCUCACCACAGUCCCGAGGCGUAAGAGAAAAUCCUCCGAAGGUGCACCUGCCAAUGGAGAUGGAACAGAUGGUUCUUGGACUGAUGUGGAGACGAGGUGUUCUGUGGCUAUGGAGAUGAGGGCCGGAUCAAACAUGGGUCCUGGCUUUGAGCAUCAUGGGAUCACCAAACGCAGAAAACCCUAAAAGCAGCAGACAGCUGCUUCAGGGGUCGCUCCCUCUCACCUGGCUGUUGUGCAAUAGUCUAAACUUUUUUAUAUUUAGCCCUAGUUAUAGUAUUUAAACAUUUUCCACGCUUUUAUAUAUUCAGAAGUGUAUAUACAUCACCAAAGCUGUAAAAUAUUUUAUUCGUUGGAUUUGAAGAUGGAUAUUUUGUGAUGAUGUUACUGCGGCGCUGCUGCCGAAGAAGAAGAGUCUGCUUGCACAUUUGUGUGCAUCGUAAGUCACGUCUGUUAUUUGGCACUUGGAGUCAUGAAGCUGCCAAAAUAUAUUUUCCUCUGCGCCAUAUUUUGUUCUUGAUAGGUGAAUUAUAUUGCGCUUACAGGAGCGUUUGAAUAAUCCAUUUAUAUUAAAUUCCCUACUUUGACCCUUUUUCCCUAUGUUUGGUUCUUCAGUGGAUGAUACUGCGCUCUUGCCUUUAAAAAUCCACAGAGCACCAAUUUGUUCUGUGUACACAGUAAAUACAACAAUAAUUUGACAGUUUGUUACGUAAUGCUCCAGAUGGAUCAUUUUAGGACACUAGGUGGUGAUACAGGACCGUAAUACAUUAUGUAGUGACCGGUGGAGGCACAUGAUGGCUGACUCACCACUCUGUGAGCAACGUUGAAAUGCUGACUAAAUGAAUGUCACUAAAGAAAAGCACGGGGGCUUGAGAGUCCAUGAGAGAAGAAAAUAGCUGCUUUGCAGUUUUAAGAGUCAAUUUUGUCCUGCUUUAAAACAGAUUAGUAGAACUGUUCAUGGUCCAUUAGAGAGACUUCCUGCUUAUUUUAAAAUCACGCUUGAAAAGAGAUGAAAUGUCCCAUUAAAGCGAUGGGCGGUCCUGUAUUAAAACUGGCCAUAUUCUGUCAUAUAAACAAUGUCCACUUUGGGUUAUUUUGCAGAAAUUGCUUUAUUGUGCUCAUGCUUGAUUAGAAGCCAGAUACCUUGUAUAUAAAUCCACAUUAGUCUGGUUGUCUUCCUUCUGGUAUACUGGGUCCCACAUAUUUAAAGGGCCUGAGUACUUCCUGGUUUUAACUGUUUUGUAGUCUGCAAGUCCUGUUUUGGGGAGAAAAAAAAAAAGCUUUGUACUGUUGAUCAUUGAAACGCAUUAUACUGAUCAGAUGUGUAAAACAUACAAUAUUUUGCUUUGAAAUGAGAUGUAACCUAAAAUGGAAGUGCUAUAGAAAAAGUACUUUAAAGUUGUAUUCAACCAAAAUAUUGGAGUAAAAGUUCAUUACUCAUUAUUUGUACUUUUUGCUUUUUUUUUUGGCUACGUAAAAAUAAUAAAAAGCUACGUUAUUGCCUGAAUAACAAACUGCGGUAAGCCGACCCGACUGAGAAAAGCCUAAACUUCGAUACUCCCACGAGCUA